AUGGCAAACUCCAUCCUCCUACUGCUGCUUCUGCUACCUCUCACCUUUGCGCUUCAUAACUUAUUCUGCCUCUUCCUCAACUAUCGGAUUGCACGCAAGAUUGGAAUUCCUGUCAUCGUGCUUCCUGCUAGUCCAGAUAAUCCAGUAUGGAUGCUUACAUCUGGUCCCGUGCUAUCCAUUGUCAAAGCCAUCUUUGGAGACUGCUCGGUUACCAAAUAUGGUCAAAUUGGUUGGGAGUACCAUGAAAAAUACAGAGUGCAUGUUAAACAUGGUGAUGCCGUGGUGCUCGUCACUCCCGCUCAUAAUUGGGUCUAUGUUUGCAAUGCGGAGGCCUUCAACGACAUCUUCCAGCGCCGCAAUGCCUUCGCUCGACCGCCGGAGAUGUUAGCAAUGCUAGAUGUUUUUGGGCCGAACAUUUCAACGGUAAUCAGCCUUACAUCCUCAGUUGACGGACCCUGGCUGACCACGAACGAGGCAAAUGGGGCGGACUGGCAACGUCAUCGUAAAAUAACAAGCACACCAUUUAAUGAGCAAAAUAGUCAUCUUGUAUGGGCUAAGGCUUUGCGACAAGCGGAUGAGGUUUUACAAUUCUGGAAGUCACUGGGCACUCCAAUCAGACGUAUCGCUAAGGAUACCCGAACCUUGUCCCUCCAUGUCUUAUCCGAAGCAGGAUUCGGCAAGUCAUAUUCUUUCCGGAAAUCCACAGAAGCACCUAAGCCGGGCCAUGUGUUCAAUUAUCGAGACUCGCUUGCCUUGAUCCUAGAAAAUAUCUUCUUGAUUCUGAUUUUUGGUCCGAAGUUCCUCACGAAUCAGUUUCUUCCCAAGAGCUGGACUCGAAUAGGCCAAGCGACAUUGGAUUUCAAAUUCCACAUGGUAGAAAUGGUUGAGGAGGAAAAACGGCUCAUUGCUGAGGGCAAACCUGGAGGGGGAAAUAUCAUUAACUCCCUCAUACGAGCGUCAGAAGAGAUGACCAAGUCAGCUCGUACAGACGGUUCAGGUUUCAAAGGUCUCACCGAGGAUGAAAUAUACGGCAAUAUCUUUGUUUAUAAUUUCGCUGGACACGACACCAUGGCCAUUACGCUCAAUUGGGCUCUCUACCUCCUCGCAGCGCAUCCGGAAAUCCAGGACUGGGUCUCCGAAGAAUGUAAUGCCGUUAUACAAUAUGAUCAGAGUUCUACCUGGACCUACGACGAGGUGUACCCCAAGCUCAAUCGCUGCCUCGCCGUUCUACUGGAAACUCUCCGACUCUGGGACCCUCUAAUCGGAAUCGCCAAAUCCACUGGCUCGACCCCCCAACCUCUUACCCUCAACGGGCGUGUCACCACUAUCCCGGCUCGCACCCGCGUCAUCCUUAACAUUAACGCCAUCCACACGCACCCCAAGUACUGGGGCUCCGACAGCCUUACCUGGCGCCCGCAGCGCUGGAUCCUCCUAUCCAACCCCGCAACCGAAAGCACCCCCAGCAACACCUCGCCACUGGCGCACGAGUACCUGUACACUCCACCCAGAGGAGCCUAUGUGCCAUGGUCCGACGGGGCACGUGUGUGCCCGGGCAAGAAGUUUGGACAGGUGGAAUUUGUGGCGGCGAUGGGGGUGCUGUUUCGGAGGCAUAGGGUCGAGGUGGUGCCGGAGAGUGGGGAGAGUAUGAAAGAGGCUAGGGAAAGGGUUAUGGGCGUUGUGCUGGAUAGUCACAUUACGCUAUUGUUGCAGAUGAGGAAGCCGGACAGCGUGGGACUUAGGUGGGUAGAGAGUGGGUGA